AUGAUGAGCAUGAGCAUUAAGCCUACAUCCGCGGCUUCUUCGAGGAGUCAAUUAGGCAGGCGGAUCCAGAAGAAGCGUGCAUCCAGUCAUCGAUUGCCACGAUCCGGAACAAAACCCGUGGCGAAAAAAGUGGUUGUACAAGACUGGCCGCUGAUCUUGGUGACUGGGGCCAAUGGUUACAUUGGAUCUCACGUCGUGCUAGAGUUAUUGAAGCAGGGCGACUAUGGGGUGAUUGCCAUCGACAGUCUUGAAAACUCAAGUGCGGAAUCCUUAAGAAGAGUACGGGAAUUAGCCGCCCAGAGCGUCGGCCCUCAUCCGCCGGUCUACCAUCACCAGACAGAUAUUCGAGAUCGUCGAAGGCUUCGGUCAAUCUUUCAAGGCUACAGGUUCAGAGAUGGUGGCAAUGCAAUCCAACAUGUCAUCCAUUUUGCUGCUCUGAAAUCAGUCGAGGGCUCCAGGCUGAACCCCGCUGGCUAUUAUUCCACCAAUGUCUUGGGUACCGCCGGCUUGCUUGAAGUGAUGAAAUCUACUGGAGUCAAUUCCCUUGUAUUCUCCUCCUCGGCUGUAGUCUACGGCUCUAGCGCGGCUCCCGAAGCCCACUCGUCAACCGAACUACUCGCCGAAUCACGUUGCCCGGUUCGCGCUCACCAACCUGAAGGCGAACGCAAAGCAAAUUACGAGAGGAUCACCAACACGUAUGGGAAAACCAAGUUGAUGUGCGAGGAGUUGAUUCAUAAACUAUGCUACUUGCAAGGACAGUCGAAAAAAUCUGCGGACAACUUUCGAGCAGUCAUCCUGCGAUACACCAACCCCAGCGGGAAUGAUCCUAGUGGACGGAUCGGAGAUAGUCCCACCUACCCGGAAAACUUAAUGCCAAUUGCUGCACAAGUGUUGCAGGGUACCCGAGAGCAGAUUUCGAUCUACGGAGCGGAUUAUCCCACUCGCGACGGCACCGGUGUCCGUGAUUUUAUACACGUACAGGAUCUCGCCAAAGGUCAUCUGGCCGCCUUGAGAGCAUUUAAGCCAAAAGGGAACAAGUUUAGCCGAGGCAUGUACCCGAAUAACUGCCAAACUUACAAUCUCGGGACUGGAAGAGGCGCCUCGGUGAUGGAGGUCAUCACAGCAUUGACUGAGGCUUCGGGACGACCAAUUAAGACGAAGAUCGCACCGCGAAGACCAGGUGAUCUGGCAACAGUCAUCUGCGACCCCUCCAAGGCAGAGCUUGAACUGGGAUGGAAAGCUGAGAAAGGCGUCCUCGAAAUGGCGACGGAUCUUUGGAAAUUUUGCAUCUCAAACCCUCACGGCCUAUCGCCUCCAAAAGACUUGAAAUAA